UCCUCAGAUUAGAGCCACCCGUUUCAAAUGUUUGUUUAAUAGUCAAAACCCACAGAACAAUCUAGAAACCUAAGUAGUUCACUCUUGCAAAAAUAGUGUGCACCUGUGGUUUGGUGUGAGUAAGACCAGUGUUGGAAAGAGAGAUAUAAAAGGCUUCAAGUUCUUGUCUUAAAUGUUGAACUUGUUUGUUUCAGGGGGCCAGGGGGUUCCAUGGGUUGCCAGGACAACCAGGACUGAGGGGACUGAAGGGACACGGAGGUCUGUUAGGAUCCAGGGGUGAACCAGGGGUGACUGGAUCGAAGGGAGAGUCAGGCAAACCUGGUCACAUGGGCGGCCUGGGUCCACGGGGUCCACUGGGAAUGCCAGGAGACAGGGGAAGGAUUGGAGCAUCUGGCCCUGUGGGAAAACGAGGAUCAUCUGGGGAUAUUGGUAAACCAGGCCCAUUGGGUCCAAUGGGAAUCACUGGAUCUUCUGGUUUUCCAGGUGGUCCAGGUAUGAAGGGUGAAGCAGGCCCCACUGGAGCCAGAGGCACAGGUGGACAACAGGGCCAGAGAGGGGAGACUGGUCGACUGGGCUCAGCAGGAUCAUCGGGCAACCAGGGAGCGGCUGGGACUGACGGAGGCCCAGGAUCUAAAGGACCCUCGGGAUUGCCCGGCAUUCUGGGGGCCGCAGGGCUCUCUGGGCCACAUGGCCCUCCCGGACCUCAAGGAACCACCGGAUUCCCAGGGGUCAAAGGUUCAGGGGGUGACUUGGGAGUUUCAGGAUACAAAGGAGAGCCUGGUCUUAAAGGAGAAACUGGGGUUCCAGGUAAUCGAGGUUUCUCUGGUGGUGAUGGCCUUCCUGGUCAAAAGGGUGCCCAAGGUGAGCGUGGUGGCUCUGGAUCCUCUGGCCUGAAGGGAGGCGGUGGAGACCCUGGACGCUUAGGAGAAUCAGGCCUCCCAGGGGCUAGGGGUUUGACUGGGCUGUCUGGAACAACAGGACCCGAGGGCAAACUAGGACCACAGGGAAGUGCAGGAGAGGAUGGUGGUCCAGGUCCCGCUGGAUCUGCCGGUACCAGAGGUCUGGCAGGGUCACUGGGCCUGCCUGGGCCAAAAGGUUUCAGUGGAGAUGCAGGAAAGAUCGGAGAGGCAGGGACCCCUGGAGUGCCUGGCCAGAGAGGAGGAAAUGGAAAAGAUGGAGAGGAGGGGGCGGCAGGGCCACCUGGACCGGGCGGCCUUUCCGGAAAGAGAGGUGAGCAGGGGCCACCAGGGCUGAAUGGAUUCCAGGGAUUGCCUGGAUCCGCAGGCCCACCAGGAGAGUCAGGAAAGCCAGGAAACGAGGGAGUCAACGGAGAGACUGGAUCUGUUGGACCAACAGGACCAAGAGGUGAGCGAGGAACCCCUGGAGAGAGAGGGGAACCUGGGUCAAAUGGCCUCAACGGACCCAAAGGCAUCUCAGGCACACCUGGACCCGAUGGCGCCAAGGGUAAUGCUGGCCCCUCGGGCAAUCUUGGAGAAGUGGGAGCCGCAGGCCUGCAGGGAAUGCCUGGAGAGAGAGGUAUUCCUGGCACCUCUGGACCUAAAGGAGAGAGAGGAGGCAUUGGAGGCAAAGGAAAUGAGGGGAAAGCAGGAGCUGAUGGUGCAAGGGGAUUGCCUGGUGCACUUGGACCUCCAGGCCCAGCUGGGCACAAUGGAGAGAAGGGCGAGUCUGGACCCAGAGGCCCUUCAGGAAACCCUGGAGCCAGAGCUGUGGCCGGUCCUGAUGGUCAGCCAGGGGUGAAAGGUGAAACAGGCGAGCCUGGUGCCAAGGGAGAGGCAGGGUCUGCGGGCCCACAGGGUAUGGCUGGAAAGUCUGGUCCUCGGGGACUUAUUGGAGUGGGCGGACUGAAGGGUGCUAGAGGAACACAAGGCGCUUCGGGUUCACACGGUUUCCCUGGAUCUCCUGGUGGCGUUGGAACACCUGGUGCUGCUGGAGGGGUUGGAGAGGCCGGGCCAAUAGGACAGCCUGGGAAGGCCGGUGUUAAGGGCAUCCAUGGGGAGAAGGGUCCCAUGGGGCGCGUGGGGGAGCGUGGAGCCCUUGGCUCAGCUGGUGGCCUUGGUGACAAGGGUGACGCAGGAGAGGAUGGACAACAGGGUCCCACGGGGCCUCCAGGUCCCUCUGGCACCACGGGCAUGAGAGGGCUGGUGGGCAUGCCUGGCAUGAGGGGAGAGAGGGGCAUGAUGGGCCUCCCUGGUCCCGCUGGACCUCCAGGAAAGAAUGGUCAAUCGGGCGGUCCUGGACAGAAAGGACCUCCAGGGAUUGCAGGAUUAAUGGGCCUCCGCGGACCUCGAGGAGAAGCUGGAUCAGAGGGUCUAGCAGGAUCUGAUGGAAUACCAGGAAAAGAUGGUAGCAUUGGAGAAAGGGGUGACAGAGGAAAUCCAGGUCCUGAAGGACUGGCAGGUGUUGCGGGCGCACUUGGAACUCCGGGGCCAGUUGGCUCAACUGGAGACCCAGGAAAGAGAGGAAAUCAGGGGUCAAGAGGUCCCCCUGGCUCUAGUGGCCCAGCUGGCACUCGUGGAAAGCUGGGGCCACAGGGACCACAAGGAGAUAAGGGCGAGAAAGGAGACAAAGGAGAGAGAGGUCAGAAAGGUCACAGAGGGUUCACCGGACUCCAAGGCCUCCCUGGAAUAGCUGGUCAAACAGGAGAUGCUGGGGGUCGUGGAAUCGUUGGACCUGGUGGCCCAAGGGGUAACCCAGGUCCGGUUGGACCACAAGGAAAGGAGGGAGACCAGGGAAUGCCUGGACCUCAGGGUUCUCCUGGAACUCGUGGAGAAUAUGGUGAACUUGGACCAGAGGGACCUCCAGGAGAGGCUGGCCCCCCGGGUCUCCCCGGCCCCGCCGGCCCCCCGACGGGCAUUGCGGACGAUCUCUUUGCCACCUUCCCUGACUACGAGGGCGAGGACGCGGGCUCCCCGUACGUCGCCUCCGACCAGGACCCCGCUCCCCCGCCCGAGGUCGUCAGGGACGAGGCGCUCCCCAUCAGCAACACGAUCAACAAGGACUCGGGCAAGGCCCGGGUGGACACAGGCAUCCACAUCUCCCUCAAGACCCUGAGCAGUCAGCUGGACAGCAUGAGGAGCCCCGACGGCACCCGCAUGCACCCGGCACGCACCUGUGACGACCUCAAGCGCUGCUACCCCCACAAGAAGAGCGGUGAGUACUGGAUCGAUCCCAAUGAGGGCAGUCUGAAUGAUGCCAUCAAGGUGAGCUGCAACAUGGACACGGGUGAGACCUGCAUCCCUGCCAGUCCCGCCAGCAUCCCACGCAAGUCUUGGUGGUCGUCCAACUCCAACAAUUCCAAGCCCAUCUGGUUUGGAGCCAACAUGAAUGGAGGAAGCCGCUUUACCUACGGGAAUGAGGGGGCCUCUCGUAACUCGGUGGCUGUUCAGCUGACCUUCGUGCGCCUGCUGUCCAAAGAGGCCACGCAGACACUCACCUUCCACUGCCGCAACAGCGUGGCCUACAAGGACGAGAGCGCCGGCAACCUGAAGAAGGCCGCCAUCUUAAAGGGAGCCGACGGCGUGGAUCUCCGCGCCUACGGCAACAACCGAAUGAAGUACACUGUUACCGAGGACAGCUGCUCCGAUGCCCCCAGUGAUUGGGGCAAGACUGUUUUCGAGUACCGGACUCAGAAGCCAGCCAGACUGCCCAUCGUGGACCUGGCUGCUGUGGACGUUGGAAGAGCUGAUCAGGAGUUCGGAAUCGAUAUAGGCCCUGUGUGUUUCUCCUAAACCCAAGGAAAUCUCCCUAAUCUAAUAUUCCCUUGGGAAACACCAUGGGAGCCAUGAACUAUCUGCUGAUGCAAUCAGCCUUGUUGACAAACAUAGAGACUUCCUUGCCCAAGACAAACAAGUAUUUAUUACAUGUUUUCAGAUAUCUCUAAAUGCCAAAUUUAUAAGGAGACGGCGAUACCAUGGAGCCAUAUUGAGAUUGUUUUUUUUUAACCACAGCAGUAUUUUUCUUCCCAAGUUGAACUUUGUCAGGAUUCCUACUGGUUGGGUGGUUUGAGAUUUUGAGACACCAUGCUGACCCAUCCAAAAAAGUCACCAUUUCUUUAACCAGAAAUAAAAUGAAAAUGACCACAUGCAAUACAUUUGAAAAAACUUGAUAUGUUAGUUAUUUAUGUUGAAUGAAUAAUUAUUGUCGUAUUUGUUAUUCUUUCAGGGUGGUGCUAUAUGAAAUCUAAGCUCAGUUGUUUUUUUUUUAAUGUAAUUUUGUCCCUGCCCCUCAGGUGGGUCCCAGGGCAUCGGGUGGGUUAACCUGUAUUAAAGAGCUCCCUGGAAGGAUGGCGUUUGUGUGGUUUGUUGAUAUCAUUUUUUUAUCACCCCUCACCCCAUCUCCGACCUCUCCUGGAUUGGAAAAUUAAAUUUCAAAUGGCACCCCAUUCAUGUAUGACAUUAUGCAUGCAUGCUACCUCUAGACGUUAUUUAUGCUAAUGCACGGUCGUUUGAGAGAUGAUUAAUCGCUGCCAGCAUAAUGAGGUUUUCCCAGCCAUCAGUGAAGCACUGUAGGUGAGGGUUGUGGUAAUCACUUAACAUAAUGUGGUCAUGACUGCAUGAAAAACAGGUGCAGUCUGGCCAGUAUGAAUGGUUAUUUGUGUCUGUACUGAGCACUAGCUUGAUUUCUUUUUUGUUCGGGUAAGACAUUCCAGAUACUGGCCAAAAUGAUAACUAAAAAAAUCUCAAAUGUAGAGGCUUGCGCUACAUUUAAUAACUUGACAUAAUUGUUGUCAUUGGUUUGCCAGUUGAUAAUCUUUCUAAUGUAAUUCUGUUGCGGAACCUCCAGGCCAGUGUGUUUUUGUUUGUUUGUUUGUUUCUCCAAGAGGCUACACAUCUGAUUAAAGCAAUCAUUCAACUCCUAAUGUCUUCAGUAUAGAUGACCACCUCCAUCAAGCAUGACAACCAAAGGUCUAAAGGGAAGAUUACCACUGGGCUUUAGAUUUCUUCAACCAAGUAGCGAUAUUUUCACAAGGUGAUGAUUUUA